AUGAACAAUAAGUUUUGGCAGAGCCCUGGAAUACGUCAUACGGUGUAUAAAUCCUUAUUGAAUGCUUCUUCACUUAUUAUCGAAGUGGGUGGAAAUCGUGGAGAAGAUACAGAUAGAUUUAUUCAACUUUAUAAUCCUUUUAUUAUUAGUUAUGAACCAUUAAUACCCAUGUGGAAAAGUCUUAGCGAAAAGUUUAAACAAAAUCCGAAAAUAGAAAUUCAUCCAUAUGGAUUAGGAAAUCUUGCACGAGAUUUAGUUGUUGAACCAUAUGCUUUUCAAAAUGAAGGUACAAGUAUUUUUCGACCUGUAUCUAAUAUGAAUUCUUCCAAAAUUCAACGAAUUAAAUUACUUAAUAUCGUUGAAGUGAUCGAAGAUGUACGUAAGACAAAAACAAAAAAUGGAAUAAUCGAUAUGAUUAGCAUUAAUUGUGAAGGAUGUGAAUUUGAAAUCUUACCUGUACUAAUUUCCAACAAUAUGAUGGAAUAUUUUCGAAUUAUUCAAUUUGCAACGCAUAUCAAAUUGGUACCCGAUGCAUCGUGUAUAUAUUGUCAAAUAGAACAAUCUUUGGAAAGAACUCAUCGUGUUAAAUAUCAUUACAAUAAGAUAUGGGAAGGUUGGCUACUGAAAAAUCAUCUUUGA